CCACGUCAAUUUCGUCUUCCUGGCGCCGGCUAGCUCUGUUACAUUCGGGGUUAAAGCCUAAAGCCGUACAAUGAAUAUUUUUCGACUUGCUGGCGACCUGUCCCAUCUUUUAGCUAUCAUCAUUUUGCUGUUGAAAAUAUGGAAAACAAGAUCAUGCGCAGGCAUCUCGGGCCGGUCGCAAGUGCUGUUUCUGGUGACGUACGUGGCGCGGUACCUGGACCUGCUGACCAACUUCGUGUCCGUCUACAACACGACCAUGAAGGUGGUCUUCAUCGCCGCCUCGGCCGCCACCGUCUACCUCAUGUUCUUCAAGUUCAAGGCCACCUAUGAUCACAACCAUGACACGCUGCGGGUGGAGCUCCUGCUGGUGCCCACCGUGCUGCUGUCGCUGGUCGUCAACCACGAGUUCGCCCCGCUCGAGAUUCUGUGGACGUUCAGCAUCUACCUGGAGUCGGUGGCCAUCCUGCCGCAGCUGUUCAUGGUCUCGAAGACGGGCGAGGCUGAGACCAUCACCAGCCACUACCUGUUCGCGCUGGGCUCGUACCGGGCCCUCUACAUCCUCAACUGGAUCUACCGCUUCUACUUCGAGAACUUCUACGACCUGAUCGCCAUAGUUGCGGGCGUGGUGCAGACCGUGCUCUACUGCGACUUCUUCUACCUGUAUAUCACCAAAGUAUUGAAGGGCAAGAAGAUCGUGUUACCAGCCUGAGCGUCAUCUGCCGCCGAACCCGCAUGACGUCAUUGGAGGCGGCGUGACGUCACUGGAGAGCAGGCUGGGCGGCGCCGCUGAGCCCGACAGCGUUCGUCGCGUACCGGAUGUGGUCCCGGUCCGGGCGCCGCCCUCGGGUCGGAACGCGCAGUGGUGUGGUGUGCCGAGUGGGGCACUGCGACGGCGCGGGAGAGUGUCGUCUGACGUGCCGGGGAGCGUGGCGUGAGGUGACGUCGGAGGUAGCGCUAGAGCUUGUUGGACCUUCCGCUCUCGAACGGAUCAGCUGGCGCGCGUAGCGGCUCGAUGGAAGCCAUCGGUGAUGGCGUUGCGCGUGUAUUUAAACCCUUGACGUGCGCUUGACAUGCCGCAACCAGCUGACGCGGCUUCAUGCUCUCCCGUUCGCCGUCGAGACGGCGCACCGGGUGAGGCAGCGUGAGUGAUCGCUUCUAUCAGCUCCCUGUCGCCUUCAACGUGAAAGGCGCCCGCUUGUAUCAAACUUCAUCCGCUUUCUGUGUUUGCGUUCGAUCUAUCGGCGUUGUUUUCCACUUUGCGUUAUCGAAGACUUGUCCGAACGCGUUCAAGAGCAGUUCGGCGGAGAGUAUUUGGCGUGAGAUAUUCUUAUUAAACAUGGGAUUAAAGUGCG